AUGCCGAAAGAGAAAUCAGUCAAUCCGGCGCAAGCACAGCGCAAAGCCGAGAAAGCCAAGGCCAUUAAGAAAGGGAAAGCAGAGCAACAGUCCCGACGCAACGAGAAGCUCGCCAAGCGCAACCCCUACCACCUGGAAAAGGAGCUCGCGGAUCUCAAAUCCCUCGAGAAGGCCGGCACGCUCACCGCGCACGAGAAGACGCUCUUGGAAGCCACCGAGCGGGAUCUCAAGGCGGUCAAGAAGGCCCGAGAGGCGCUGGGAGACGCGGCGCCGAACGAGGAGAGUGACGUCCCUGAGGAUGUAAAGAGGAUCCCGAUGCCGCGCGAUACGCCGCCGCCGAUUCCGAAGGAGAUUCUGGAUCGCUGGUAUCAGAAGCGGCGGGAGAGGAUUGCAGAGCGGUAUCCGGAUUCCACUGCCGCUGCUGGUGCUGGCUCGGCGAAGGUGGGCACGAGCGCGAAUAACGUGCCGCUAGGUGCUAAUGAGCGGAGGGUUGGUGGAGGGGGGAGUGGAGGACAGGAAAUGCCGAAGAGGGUUUUCGAGGAGGCGAAGACGACGUAUGAGGCGAAGCCAGUGAUUAGGGAUUUGAGAAAGGAGGCUACGAGCUUUGUGCCGGCGGCUGUGAGGAUGAAGCUCGAUAAGGUCAGGGGUGUGGGAGGCCUGGUUGAGCCGGAGGAGGCGGAUGUGCUUGAGCGGGCAGGCUAUUUGGGAAAGAAGGCCGCGGGUGAGGAGAGGGGAGGAGAGGAAGGGUCUGCUGCGCCGCAAGGGUCGAGAGCUGUACGGAUGGAGGAGGUUGAUGAUGAGGAUGGUUAG